CAAGUUCUCAGUGCCCGGGAUCCCGGUCUGCAGCAAUCAUGGUGAAUUUAAUUCAGGCUGUGCGUGACCACUGGGUUCAUAUCCUGGUACCAGUGGGAUUUGUUGUUGGCUAUUAUCUAGACAAGAGGAGUGAUGAAAAACUAACUGCUUUUUGGAAUAAGAGCAUGUUAUUUAAAAGAGAACUAAAACCUAAUGAAGAAGUUACCUGGAAAUAAAGGCUUUAGCUGAAUUGAGAGAUUUUCAUGUUGAAUAAAAAUAUUUAAUUAAAUAAAAAAAAAA